CUCGCGGCCUCGCGCCGGGGGCGGGCUCGCUGCGCGUGCCGGGCGGGCGGGGAGGCGGCGCGCGCCGGGCUGCUGAGAACGUUCGCCGCGGGGGCGGCUCCGGGGCCUGAGCAGGCGCCGCCGCCGCCGUCUGGAGCCGCGGGGGCCCGGCCGGAGGAGGCGGAGGAGGCGACGGCCGCCGGGGAGCUGCUCGACGCCCUCGGCUCCCGCCGGGAAGAUGAUUGAGGAAAGUGGUAACAAGCGGAAGACCAUGGCAGAGAAGAGGCAGUUGUUCAUAGAAAUGCGUGAGUUUUGAGUGCUCAGAAUUUUGACGUCAUCCGACUAUCAACUUACAGAACAGCUUGCAAACUGCGAUUUGUACAGAAACGAUGCAACCUCCAUCUUGUAGAUAUCUGGAACAUGAUCGAAGCCUUCCGAGACAACGGCCUUAAUACACUGGACCACACCAUUGAGAUCAGCGUGUCCCGCCUCGAAACCGUCAUCUCGUCCGUCUACUACCAGCUGAACAAGCGGCUGCCCUCAACGCACCAGAUCAGCGUGGAGCAGUCCAUCAGCCUCCUGCUCAACUUCAUGAUUGCCGCGUACGACAGUGAGGGCCGAGGCAAGCUGACGGUGUUUUCCGUUAAAGCUAUGCUAGCGACCAUGUGUGGUGGGAAAAUGCUGGACAAAUUGAGAUAUGUUUUCUCCCAGAUGUCAGAUUCCAAUGGUUUGCUGAUAUUUAGCAAGUUUGACCAGUUUCUGAAGGAAGUUCUGAAGCUCCCAACAGCUGUCUUCGAGGGACCGUCCUUUGGCUACACGGAACACUCUGUCCGCACCUGUUUCCCCCAGCAGAAGAAGAUCAUGCUCAACACGUUCCUGGACACCAUGAUGGCCGACCCCCCUCCCCAGUGCCUCGUCUGGCUGCCGCUCAUGCACAGGCUCGCCCACGUGGAGAACGUCUUCCACCCCGUGGAGUGCUCCUACUGCCGCUGCGAGAGCAUGAUGGGCUUCCGGUACCGCUGCCAGCAGUGCCACGGCUACCAGCUCUGCCAGAACUGCUUUUGGCGCGGCCACGCCAGCGGCCCGCACAGCAACCAGCACCAGAUGAAGGAGCACUCCUCUUGGAAAUCCCCUGCCAAGAAGCUGAGCCAUGCAAUUAGCAAAUCCUUGGGGUGUGUGCCCUCCAGAGAACCCCCGCACCCCAUCUUUCCCGAGCAGCCGGAGAAGCCACUUGACCUUGCCAACAUCAUUCCUCCGCGCCCUCUGACCAACAUGAACGAGACCGUGGGGAGCCACCUGUCCUCCGGGGCGCCCACCCCCACCAAAAGCGUGCUGGACAGCCCUGGCCGCCUGGACGAGGAGCACCGGCUGAUCGCGCGCUACGCCGCCCGGCUGGCUGCAGAGGCGGGGAACGUGCCCCGGCCGCCGACCGACUUGAGCUUCAACUUUGAUGCCAACAAGCAGCAGCGGCAGCUGAUUGCAGAACUGGAAAACAAGAACCGGGAGAUCCUGCAGGAGAUCCAGCGGCUGCGGCUGGAGCACGAACAGGCGUCCCAACCGACCCCCGAGAAGGCCCAGCAGAACCCCACGUUGCUGGCCGAGCUGCGUCUGCUAAGGCAGCGGAAAGAUGAACUGGAGCAGAGGAUGUCGGCGCUGCAGGAGAGCCGGCGGGAGCUGAUGGUUCAGCUGGAAGGACUCAUGAAGCUGCUGAAGGAGGAAGAGCAAAAGCAGGCAGCCCAGGCCACGGCGUCACCGCCCCUGUCGCCCACUCACGGAAGCGGCCGCACCAUGCCCAUGCCCGUCCGCUCGGCCUCGGCCGGCUCCACCCCUACCCACUGUCCGCAGGAGCCGCUGGGCGGAGUGGGUGGGGACGUGCAGGAGGCCUUUGCACAAGGUACGAGGAGGAACCUCCGCAAUGACCUGCUGGUGGCCGCGGACUCCAUCACCGACACCGUGUCGUCUCUGGUGAAGGAGCUGCACUCAGGUUAGGGGCAGUGCUGGAGGAGAAGAGACGCAGCCCUGCAGCGAGCUGGCGAGGACGAGGCGCAGCCCGGGAUGGGAUCCGGAGUCGCCGCCGCGGGAGCGGGACGGGUGCCCCCGCGCCCAGCACUGCAUGAAGCCCCCGCGGGCCCGGCCUCCCCGCAGGACAAGGGACAGCACGGAGCCCCCGCGCGCGCGACCCGGUGGCCUUGCGGGCUCCCGGGGCUGGGAACCCCGCCCCCCUCCCUGCCUUGGACCUUUAAAAACACCAACAGGUUUUCUUCC